CCAUAAGCUGGUGUAAGUAGGAUGAGCUAAGGACAGGAGCUGAAGUGUCUCUGUGAAGACUCUGCAAAGACUCCUCCUCUCAGUUUUAUAACAUUGCAACAAUAUGUGGAAUGGAAAUGGGUAACGUCCCUCUAUUUACAGGCCCAGGAGGAAACUGUGAUCUGUCAGCUGUAGUAGGAGUGUUGGAGGAAGUCAGAAGUCAUCCAACAAGAAGUCCAGAGCUGUGACAUACAUACGUGGAUACAUCUACAUUUACAGCUGACACUUUAUGAUGUAGCCAAAGGACACAGCACUGUCUCACGUGUUCUGCUGUUGAAAGAUGGCCAGUGCAGUGAAGGACCCACACCUGGGCUCAGGUCCUGAUGAGGAUGACAUGUCUCUGUCUGGGGGCGAGUCCGAUUCAGACAGCAUCCUCUCUGAUGAUUCGGUGCUUCCAGACUACACGCCGGAGACAACAGACGGACACGCGGCAUUAACACUGUAUCAAGCAUGUGCCCAUAAUGACUCUGUUUCUCUGCGGAAAGUUCUGGAGAGAGGGGUUACAAAAGAAGAGGUCAGAGAGCUGGACAUCAAUGGCAGGAAUGGCUUGAUGGUGGCUUGCGGCAAAGGUUUCGUGGACAUUGUAUAUGGGCUUCACACCUGUCCCUUUAUAGACAUCAAUCACCAGGACAAUGAAGGCAACACUGCUCUGAUGAUUGCAUCCCAAGCAGGUCACAUCAACACAGUUAUGUAUCUCCUAAACUACUAUCCUGGUAUAGACACUGAGUUAAAGGAUUGUCGAGGUUUCACAGCCCUCAUCAAAGCUGCUAUGACCGGCCGCAAUGACGUUGUGGCUGCCCUUGUUAUGGCUGGGGCUGACAUACAUGCAGUAGACUCCACAAAAGGAAAAUGUGCCCGGGAUUGGGCACAGAAAACAGGUCGCUAUGAGACCCUUUGUCAUCUCCGCCGCCUCAAUAUGCGGCCAAGAGCUGAGCAGUUCUGUGAGAGUUAUAUCCCUGAGUGGCCUGAGCUCAAGGAGAGGGUAGCCAAGGCCACAGCUGGGAAAAGUACCACAGAAAAAAUCACCCAGCGGAUCAAAAACAAAUUUGCAUUCAGAUUUCCUCAUGACCCCGAGGACAAUGGGGCCUUGGACCACAUGGUGCGCAUGACCACCAGUGUCCACAGUCCCCUCAUUUCAACUGGAUGCCGUCCACUCUGCCCUACAAGCCCUCCUGAAGUGGGGAAGAGACGCAUGGCUGUGCCAGAGUUGAUGAAGAAACACACAGAUAAGGAAUUAGAAGAGAGCGCAGUGUGUCACAGCAACGGCUCUGUAUCAAAUGUCAUUCUCACAGUUCAAUCUGCAGAGUCAAUCCCUAUAGCGUGCUGUUCUGAGACUGGGCGGCGGGAAAGCAUCAUCUCAUUGGCUUCCACUAAAGUUGCUACGACAUUUAUUCCACGCAGCAUGGCGAGAAGGAACAGCAUAUUCCCCUCUGGCUGCAUCCCCAAAAUCGACAUCAGCAGGCCUUCAGAUGCAACGCCAAAGAAAGAAAAGAAGAAGAAAAAAAAGAAGGAAAAGGGCUUCCUGGAACCACCCAAGUGGAGGUACAAGGAGAUCAAGGAUGAGAAAAAGAAGGAAAAAAAGAAAGCUGAGAAAGAAAAAGGAGGGAAAGAGAAAAAACAGAAAAGUAAAUAAAAAGAAAUUUGAAAUUUUCAAACAAAAUAUCUUGGAAAUAUUCAACAAAUAUAGAACUUAUGACCUAAAGCGGAGAGGAGAUUUCUUUUCUUCCUAAAGUUAUAUAACAGAGGACCUCAAACAAGCACUGCAGAGCCUCUUUGGGAGGAGUUUGAAGCUUUUAGUAUGCAUUAAGUAAGAAUAAAAACAAAAUUUAUUUUCCCAUAAACAUAUGCAAAAUGUAUAGAAUCCAAUUUUUGUAUUUAAAAAAGGCAUUUCUAAUAAUUAUGACACAAUGCAUACAAAUAUUCCAUACAUAUUUACUGAUUCAGUUUCACAGGUGCUAAAUCCUUUCUGGGAUCUACCUCAUCAUUCAUAUAAAGACUGGGCAGAAAGGCACAAUCUGUAUACCUGCAUAUUUGUUUACUAUGCAAGGUGUUAAUAUAGAAACACAUAGCUAUGUCAUAGCUCAUUUGUGUUGUUAAGUAAUAGUGUUUUAUGUGUUGUGUAUUUUUGUAAAUAGUUAGCCAAAAAAAUAAUUGUAAAUAACAUACAGUAUGGCAAACGUGCAUCACAAUGUGUUUAUUAAAGGUUAUUCUAGGUUUUAUUGCCAUUUUCUGCCAAUAACAUAUUCAUAUAUAUCCUUCUUUUAUAACUCAAAUGAGAAAUUACAAAAGUAAAUAUGGGACAGUGAACGUUUCAAUUCAAUCAAUUGAUUUAUUGGUAUUACACUAGUCAAUAUUUUUAUAUUAACAAUGGAUCAAAUGACUGUACUGACUGUAAUGACUGUGUGUCUGUACUUAACAGCUAAAGAGCCAGAUAUAUUUCUCAGGAGUUUGUGGAGAACAAACCAGAGCUAAAAGAAAAGUGAAUAUUGGAUUUUACCCAUGAAAGCUAAUAAACUUUAUAAGGUGAUAAUA